UUCUGCCUGUGGACGCCGCCGAGUAAGCAUCGUUAAAGUCUCCCCUCCCACCGCCGUCAUGUCUAAGUCAGAGUCUCCCAAAGAGCCUGAACAGCUGCGGAAGCUCUUCAUCGGAGGUCUGAGCUUUGAAACAACCGAUGAGAGUCUGAGGAGCCAUUUUGAGCAAUGGGGAACACUUACGGACUGUGUGGUAAUGAGAGAUCCGAACACGAAGCGCUCCAGAGGCUUUGGGUUUGUCACCUAUGCCACUGUGGAGGAGGUGGAUGCAGCCAUGAAUGCAAGGCCACACAAGGUGGAUGGAAGAGUUGUGGAACCAAAGAGGGCUGUCUCAAGAGAAGAUUCUCAAAGACCUGGUGCCCACUUAACUGUGAAAAAGAUUUUUGUUGGUGGCAUUAAAGAAGACACUGAAGAACAUCAUCUAAGAGAUUAUUUCGAACAGUAUGGGAAAAUCGAAGUGAUUGAGAUCAUGACUGACCGAGGCAGUGGCAAAAAGAGGGGUUUUGCUUUUGUAACAUUUGAUGACCAUGAUUCUGUAGACAAGAUUGUCAUUCAAAAAUACCAUACUGUGAAUGGCCACAACUGUGAAGUAAGGAAAGCGCUCUCUAAGCAAGAGAUGGCUAGUGCUUCAUCCAGCCAAAGAGGUCGAAGUGGUUCUGGAAACUUUGGUGGUGGUCGUGGAGGUGGUUUUGGUGGGAAUGACAACUUUGGUCGCGGAGGAAACUUCAGUGGUCGAGGUGGCUUUGGUGGCAGUCGAGGUGGUGGUGGAUAUGGUGGCAGUGGGGAUGGCUAUAACGGAUUUGGUAAUGAUGGAAGCAACUUUGGAGGUGGCGGAAGCUAUAAUGAUUUUGGCAAUUACAACAAUCAAUCCUCAAAUUUUGGACCCAUGAAAGGAGGCAAUUUUGGAGGCAGAAGCUCUGGCCCUUAUGGUGGUGGAGGCCAAUACUUCGCCAAACCACGAAACCAAGGUGGCUAUGGUGGUUCCAGCAGCAGCAGCAGCUAUGGCAGUGGCAGAAGGUUUUAAUUACUGCCAGGAAACAAAGCUUAGCAGGAGAGGAGAGCCAGAGAAGUGACAGGGAAGCUACAGGUUACAACAGAUUUGUGAACUCAGCCAAGCACAGUGGUGGCAGGGCCUAGCUGCUACAAAGAAGACAUGUUUUAGACAAUACUCAUGUGUAUGGGCAAAAAAACUCGAGGACUGUAUUUGUGACUAAUUGUAUAACAGGUUAUUUUAGUUUCUGUUCUGUGGAAAGUGUAAAGCAUUCCAACAAAGGGUUUUAAUGUAGAUUUUUUUUUUUUUUUUUUU